AGUUGAAGGGGAGGAGGAAACGGCUGUGGGAGGCGACGUGAACCAACGCAUCGUUCAAUGCCCUUGUACGGGAGGGAGGAACCGAUUCCGCAAAGCCAGGCUCAGAGCGAGCCGAGCGUGCGGGGGGCAACGACGCUAUGGAACCCGGCCCGGGAUACGCUCCGCCGCGCCGCCUUUGAUGCCGCCCUACGCAGGGCUCCAGCGGGAAGAGCCAGGGCCAUGCUCGAGCCCCGCGGAGGCUCCGGGCCCCCGCAGCAGCAGCAGCAGGUGUCCCUCCAAGAGGGCUUCCGCGACCCCGAGCGGCACCAGCGCUGGGCCAGCCUCUUCGAGCAGCUAGACACCAACAAGGAUGGGCGAGUGGACAUCAACGAGCUCCGCGAGGGCUUGGCGCGGAUGGGCACGGAGGCCGGACCCCAAGCCGGGCAGGAUAUCUUACGGGAGGGUGACACGGAUCACGAUGGGGAACUCAACUUUGAGGAAUUUGUUCAGUACCUUCAGGAGCGGGAACGGAAGUUGAUGCUGAUGUUUCACAGCCUGGAUCGCAACAAUGAUGGCCAGAUCGAUGUCUCUGAGAUCCAGCAAACUUUCCAAGGCCUGGGAGUUUACAUCUCUCUCCAGCAAGCGGAGAAAAUCUUGCACAGCAUCGACAAAGAUGGCACUAUGACCAUUGACUGGAAUGAGUGGCGAGAUCACUUCAUCCUCAAUCCAUUAGAGAACAUGGAAGAGAUAGUGCACCACUGGAAGCACUCAAUGGUCAUUGACAUUGGAGAAUGCCUCAGUCCUGAUGAGUUUUCUGAGAAAGAGAAGAAAACUGGGAUGUGGUGGAAACAACUCAUAGCUGGAGCUAUGGCUGGCGCUGUCUCUCGGACCGGAACUGCACCGUUGGAUCGAUUGAAAGUUUUCAUGCAGGUCCAUGCAUCGAAGAACAACAGCAUGAAUGUGCUUGGUGGACUGAAAGGCAUGAUUUACGAGGAGGCAUCUUGCUCGCUGUGGCGGGGCAAUGGCAUCAACGUUCUCAAGAUUGCACCCGAAUCUGCCAUCAUCAUGGCUUAUGAGCAGAUAAAGCGAGCAAUUCGUGGGCAACAGGAAACUUUGAGGGUACAGGAGAGAUUUGUCGCUGGCUCACUGGCUGGGGCCACCGCACAGACCAUAAUCUACCCCAUGGAGGUUAUGAAGACGCGAUUGGCCCUCGGCAAGACAGGCCAGUACUCAGGUGGGGCACACUGUGCCAGGCAGAUCCUACAGAAGGAAGGAAUCCCUGCCUUUUACAAGGGCUACCUACCAAAUAUUGGGCAUUAUCCCUAUGCUGGUAUCGAUCUGGCUGUUUAUGAGACACUGAAGAACACCUGGUUACAGAAGUACAGCAAGAACACCGCUGACCGAGUUUGGUCCUCUUUGGCCUGUGGCACCGUCUCCAGUACUUGUGGACAAAUUGCCAGCUAUCCCCUAGCCCUGGUGCGAACCCGGAUGCAGGCACAAGCAUCCAUCGAAGGUGCACCACAGCUAACCAUGCUGGGUCUCUUUAGAAACAUCCUUUCCCGGGAAGGGUUCCUGGGUCUCUACCGUGGCAUCGCCCCCAAUUUCAUGAAGGUUAUUCCUGCCGUGAGCAUCAGCUAUGUCGUCUAUGAGAACAUGAAGCAGGCUCUGGGAGUAACAUCUAGAUGAAGGAGGACCCUGUGUCACCAAAGUGCAGGGCACCUAGCUCACAAGAAGGGUGUUGGAAGGGGCAGCAAAGGUGGGAGUAUCCUACGGUAAUUGCUGCGAAAUGGAGAGCUUAAGAGGGUGUUUGAAAUGAUUGGGUCCGGGCCACCUUGGUCAAAAGUACAAACUUCUCCAUGAACAAGAGCCAACUUGCUCACUAACAACCAAGUUUAUCCUGCGAAGGCCUUGGUUGUGGGGGGGGGGAAAAGUGACCUCUUGGAGGCAAUUAUUUUUGUCUUGCCCACAUUCUGGAAUUUGCAGAGAUGGUCUCAAACAGACAUGCUUCUGAGCCACCUCCUGCAUACGCAUCUUGUCCCCGACAUCUGAACACGAGAACCGUGACAUGUUAACAGCCACGUCACAAUUUAGCGGAAAAUGAGCACUGAUUGGCAGAUGUCAAUGGGUUGACUUUUGAUAAAUAGCCCUAACAACUCCUGUUAGCAGUUUUCAAUACUGGAGGAAUACAUUCAGAGACAAUUCAUUUGACUGGCACUAGGAUAUCUGUGAUUAUUCCCUGGAGUCCACCGAUUUCUUCUGCAGAUGUU